GACAAUAUCGAUUGUGAUUGUGUCAAAUGCUGACAACACAAGAACGACGUUUGUAUAGUCUACAUAAAACUGUCCAAGGACAACUUGGAGACUCUUUGGUGUUGUGAGACCAAGAUGGUAGCAUAUUUUCCCUACAGCGUCUAUAGGGACUCGCUAAUACAGACUUUCUCAAGAAAACAUACAAGCUGUGCUGCGAGUUUUGGGUAUACAUUUCAAAGUUCUCCGCAAAUAUUGUGGGUAUUUUAAGUGAGAAACGAAUGUGUUGACUAUCCGAAUACAUUGUAUGCAAAUACGAAAUAACGUUUGAACAUGUGACCUUCUACUUUACAGCAUUGAACCUGGAUGUGAUGCCUUUAGACUUAUUUGUGUAAAGUUUGCUGGGAUGGAGAACGAAACUGACGUCGUGCCAGAGAGAGAGACCUACAGUCCAGGGGAUGUUGUCUGGGCCAAGAUACCUAACUGUCCAUGGUGGCCAGCAGAGGUGAUUGAAGAAGAUGACUGCCCUUUCCCUCUUCCAGAAUUUCGGAAAAAGAAAACUGUGGUAGCAGUCAUCAAGUUCCUUGAUGAAGAUUGCUAUUACUGCAUCAAUUCCUUGGACAAGAUCAAACCCUUGCUGUACCCUGGCUAUGAGGAAUGUAUACUUAAAGGAGAGAAAGAAAAGAGAGAGAGUCUACGGGUGAAGUUUGGUCCAGCGGUCAGGAUGGGCCUUCAAAGGGUCGGGGUAGUCUCCCCUACCAAGGAGGUGCCUGAUGUAAGCUCCCAGAGCCAGCUGCUCUCACUUCAAAGCCAGGAGACUGAAAACACUAAUACCCCACAAAGACAUGACAAUCAUAUAAAUGACCAGUGCCCAGAGGCAAAACACAGUGACACUGAGAACAAUAACAUAGACCCAGGGGAGAACCACACCAUCGGUGUAGAUCGUCAGGUCACAGAGCCCAAAGAACUUCCAAGAGCAUCCAGAGUGAGGCGGCAGGUUCAGAAGUUCGUUGCAAGCAAUCCUGAUCCUCAUCCUAGAGUCAAAAAGGGACAGAAAAGACGUAGCAUGUCCACAGGCUCUGUGCCACCAAGUCGACGGAAAAUCAGAAACAGUAGCAUUGAUGCAAAUUCACCAACUAUUCCAUAUCCUUCACAAAGACUUUUUGCUUUUGGAACUGCCAAGUCAAGUCUUGUGACUCGUCUUGAUGUGCAAACCUCUCUGGGUGUGGCAGUGAAAAGAUCUCUUGAAAGUGAGUAUUCAUCUACAGCUUCAGUGAACAGCACUCCUGACGACUCGGUCUCGGCCUGGUCAGUGGGGACUCAGUGUAGCCUGUCAGAGAGGCUGCCCAACCACACCCACACGAUGACUACAGAUGGACAGGAGGAGAUAAAGGAUAAGGACAAUGGCAUUCAAGAUGAAAACCAGGCUUUUAUGUUCCCUCGCCACAGUUCAAGCGCGUCCAUGUAUUACUCCAAUCUUGACUCGGAAUCCUCAGAAUCAGAUGAUGAGCUUCCCGAGGGACUGUCUCCAUCAGUUGUUGACACGUCGUCCCUACCGAAGGUGAAGGAUGUGGUGUGGGUCAAGUACAGGCAGUGCCCCUUCUGGCCAGCAGUGGUGAGAAGGAUCCAGGAUAGUAGAGGGAAAAAAAGUCCAAAGAAGAUCCAAGUCCAGUUUCUAGGAAACACAGGGCACUUCAGAGAAAAUUUCUACGUGACAUACAAGCGUGACCGUGUGUUCCCACUGGACCAUGUGAAAAGGAAGGAGUUUGAGGAUAUGGGACUGAUGAGUGAGAACUUAGACCUGCAGAAGAGAUUCAAGUCAAGUCUUCAGGAAGUGGAAACAUACCUCAAUAGGAAGGCCCUCGGUCUUUUGCCUCCUAGCAAAGAAAGCAGCUUCUUUGAUGAAGACUAUGAUAGUGACACCAAUGACAGCAUGGCCGAGGAAGAUCAUGGUCAGUCACAGUCCAACGUACCGGUCAACAGUCCCGAGGAAGGCAGCAAACUGGCCACUCCACCAGUCCAAGUUGUCAAGAAGAGCAUGGGGAAACAAGCUCAUGGCUUACAAGUGCUUAAUGUCAUGAAGGAAAGAAGAAAGAAAAAGAACAAAGUCCUUUUAGACUUCAUAAUAUCGGAAGAAAUGAAGGAGUACUUAUUAGCUAUCUACAAAGGGACAAAGAAGAGUGAACGUCAUACGCAGUACCAUUCUUCAGUUCGGGAGCGAGACAAGCUACGUCAUUCUGGGUUUGGUCCAAUUGCAGAUGAAGAGCAGCAAGAUGAAAUUACAUACAAAUUUGUGGAAUGGUACAAAGACUAUGCCUGUCCAUCAGCUGACAUCGACUACAUCUUGGAUGUGUGGAUACCCGAAGCUGUUGUAUACAGUAUGAUAAAACGACGUAGUUAUGGGAGAUCCAGAGCGUGGGAGGCAUUCAGCAAAGGAUGUCGACUCUUCAAGAUGGAGCAGCGACAGAUUCACCAACACCUCAUUGAAACCGCCGGCAACAUUUCCCCUGCAGAUGCUCGCCUGUACAAUGAGCGUCUGCAGGAGCGUAUGCAACUCCAUAUGCCCACAUGAACUCGUAUUAGGCCUGAUUAAUUGGUUUUCAGAUUUCAUUCUUCAAAAUUUAGGUUCAAUCGUCAAAAUAUUAAUGAUAAUAUGGCUGCUUCAAUUUUUAUUUGUGAAAAAUAUAGUCGGGUCAGUAGAUAAGUAGGUAAGAAAUAUGAUACAACUAAGAUUAUUUUAUGGUUUCUACAACAGUGCACAGCAAGGUAAUUUCAAGUUUAAUUGGAGAUCCAGAGUGUAUCACGGCUAGGAUGUAUGCUCUGUUUUCCUGGCCGUUUGAAGGUUAUUGAUCACUUCUCCUGGCCAGGCAGGAAAUAUUUGGUUAUUUAUUUCCCACAGCAGUUUGAUAAUCAGCAGUUAUAACACAAACCCUUCCGGACUGCAAUUUCCUAUUUUAUAUCCAGGGUUAAAGGUCAGUGGAUCUGUAAGCUAAAAUGUCAUAGUUUUGUCAUAAGUCACAUACCAUACGCUCUCUGUCCAUGUGGGGCAGUGGGGUAACCUAGUGGGUUAAGUGUUGGCUCUUCUCGCCAAAGACCCAG